AUGAAAGCUAUUAAAGCAUUUUACUAAACCCAAUUAGAACUGCUGUGCUGGAUUUUGCGUCUCGUUUCUCUAUUUUUUCACUCUCAUCUAAGUACCUACUUAGGUGCUCAUUAGGUAUCAUUGCCUAUAUGGGAGGCUUGUAUCCCAAAUGGCAACACACUCCGGCGAUGUAGCAAUGUCUACUACACUAUAUAUGCGGGACGUGUGGAGUCGAACUUGGUGAUACCAUCAUGACUUCGAAAGUACUCCGGACAUCUCGGAUAGCUAGCCGGGAGACUUGUUACUAUCCACGAAUAAAAAAUACCCGGCUAAGCAGUGAAGCAAGCAUAGCUCUUGCCUACCUACUAAAUCUCAAUCCUGUUAGAUCAUUAUCGCGAACAUGCUUGAGAAAACGGUGUCUGUUCCAACCGAAAACGGUGCAAAGACGGAGACAUCGUCUCUCCUGAGUGACCUGGAUAAGGAAAAGUUAUGCAUGUGGAACAAGCGUCCCUCUUCUCACACACAGCCCUGUGUGGAUACUCUCAUCCAUGAGCGUUGCUUGUCUCGGCCGACGGCACCCGCAGUAUGUGCGUGGGAUGGCGAGUUCAGCUAUGGCGAGCUAGAUGACCUUUCAUCGGCACUUGCGCAGCACCUGGCAGCGCUGGGCGUUGGUCCAGAGGUGUUUGUACCCCUUUGCUUCGAAAAGUCGCGAUGGACUACUGUCGCUAUGCUUGGGGUGACCAAGGCCGGCGGAGCAUUCGUGUUGCUCGAUCCAUCACAUCCAGAGGCCAGACUCCAAAGAAUCUGUCAGCUUGUGUCCGCAAAGUUGAUCGUCUCUUCGGCCCAGUGUGCAAAAUUAGCUGCGAAUCUUGUGGCUACGGUCGUGGAGGUCAGAGACGGGGAUACAGUGUGGCUUGCAGGUGAGGGUCUAUGGACUUCUUCAUCUGCGGUUCCUGAAAAUGCUCUCUAUGCAAUCUUCACUUCCGGUUCAACCGGGACACCCAAAGGGGUAGUUAGCCAGCAUUCAUCAUUUGAUGCUGCGAUCCGCCCGUAUACCGAAGCCGUUGGCCUCGACCAAGAGUCGCGGGUUUUCCAAUCCUCCUCAUAUGCAUUCGACGUUACUAUCUUCGACACGUUCAUGACUUUGAUCAACGGUGGAUGUAUAUGCGUUCCCUCGGAUAAUGAUAGGUUGAGCGACAUCGCAAAGGCAAUUGAGCAUUUUCGAGUCACUCACUCCAGCUUCACGCCAACAGUCGCGCGGAUCCUACAUCCAACGGACCUUCCAACUUUGAGAACAUUAGUCCUCGGCGGAGAGAGGCUCACGAUAGAUGAUGUUGCAAAAUGGGUUGGCCAUGUUCGGGUCCUCAAUUUGUAUGGUGCGUCUGAGUGCACCAUCAUGUCGAUCCAAUUGAUGACCGGAUCUGCUCUCCAGAACACAGAUUAUGCGACGGGGAGCGCUCGUUGGAUCGUGGAUCCGAACGACCACGAGAAACUCCUGCCUAUCGGAGCUAUUGGUGAAUUGAUUAUUGAAGGGCCGAUCGUAGGGCGUGGCUACCUCGGCAGUCCAGUACAGACAUCGUGCACUUUCAUCCAGCCUCCAAGGUGGCUACGACAACUCCGAGGCCCUGAGUAUUGCCGCACAUUAUACAAGAGUGGCGACCUCGCACAAUAUACCGCUGAUGGGUCAAUACGAGUUAUCGGACGCAAGGACACGCAAGUCAAGCUUCGGGGACAGCGCAUCGAGCUGGGUGAGGUCGAGCACCAUGUUCGAUUAGCAAUUCCUAGUGCAAGAUACGCGAUUGCGGAGGUCGUGGUGACGCCUGGUUCUUCGUGGCCCCCAAUGCUUGUAGCCUUCAUCUACAGUGGAAACGAGCCUGGGGUGGAGAGCAGAGAACAAAAGGAAGUCCGAAAGAAUACGUUGGCUGAGCCUAGCGAUUCGUUUCGUUCCCAAAUUCCGGCAAUACAGUCCCGGCUUCAACAAUCUUUGCCUUCUUAUAUGGUCCCUUCGGUCUUUCUCCCGUUAGCAGCUUUGCCGUUGACUAGCACAGAUAAGACAAACCGCAAGGCCUUGCGGGAGCUUGUAGCAGCACUAUCAAGGGAGGAGCUAGAGAGAUAUCAACCGCCAACGACGACGAAACGCACACCGCUGACUGCGACGGAGAAGCUCUUGCAACUGUAUUUUUCUCAGGCCUUGAACCUUCCAGUAGAUGAGAUCGGGGCAGAUGAUCACUUCUUUUACCGCGGCGGGGAUUCUCUCACGGCAAUGAAGCUAGUGGCAAUGGCUAGGAAGGACAAGCAUAUCUUCACUGUUCAGGAUGUUUUCAAUCACCCUCGCUUAUCUACCCUAGCGUGUAUAGUUCGACGCGGAACGAAUGACAUCGACGAGGCACCUCCAAAGCCAUUUUCCCUUGUGAAUAAACAGCGAGACGAGAUCAGAGCUGCCGCUCAACAGUGUGGCUUGCCGGUCAGAGCGAUCGAGGAUCUAUACCCCUGCACGCCGCUUCAACGCGGCCUCAUGUUCGAAACCAUGCGAGACGCUAAGGCGUACAUCGCGACUAUUACACUUCGUUUGCCAAUAGACAUCGAUCUUCAGCGCCUGAAGGAAUCGUGGAUAGCCGUAGCAGCUGCCCAUCCGAUUCUGCGUACAAGGAUGGUCCUAUCCCCCUCAUAUAGUCUGGUACAAGCCGUGAUUCGUGAGGAUAUCCAAUGGAUUAUCUCGAAAGACAUGGAAGGAAAAAAGUUCAGCGUUGGCAUUGGAAAACCGUUGGUGCAAUUGCACCUCUGUUGCGAAAAGGGCAAUCCAGGUCGACCCUAUCUCUUGCUAAUGAUCCACCACGCUGUUUACGAUGGGUGGACUUUGCCCUUGAUCUUCGCAGAAGUCGAGGCGGCUUACCAUGGAAGAACGCUUGCGCCACGCCCUGUCAGCGCCUUCAUCCAUUACCUGCAGUCAGCUCACGAUUCUGAAAGCUAUUGGAGUUCUUUGAUGGAGGGCCUUCAAACUCCCACAUUCCCUACUCUACCUUCCAAAAUAUACCAUCCGUCUCCGGAUGCCACCAUGCACGUUGCAAUUAUCACCUCUAGUCCGUAUCCAAGAGAAUUUACUAAAAGCGCUUACGUGCGGCUAGCAUGGGCCAUCACAGUCGCUCAGCAUUCAGAAACCAACGACGUUUUCUUCGGAACGGUAGUAUCGGGCAGGAAUGCUCCAGUCGCUGGCAUCGAACUGAUGACCAUCCCGACUGUCGCCACGGUUCCAUGUCGGGUCACGUUGGAUAUUCGGAGCCCGGUUCAAAGUGUUCUCCAAAAGAUUCAGGAUGAUAUGAUGACAAGUAUCCCCUUUGAGCAACUUGGUCUCCCCGAAAUGUGUCGCAUAGGGGAACAUGUCAAGCUGGCAUGUUCCUUUCAAACGUUGCUAGUAAUACAGCCAGGCGUGACCCCUAACACAUUCUCAUGGGUGCAAGAGACCGAUUCAGCUCUAGAUUAUCGGGCAGAUGCUAUUUAUGCUAUAAACCUGUUUUGUGGGCUUGAAGGAGACGAGAUGAAAGUCACGAGUUUCUAUGACUCCAACGUGGUGAGAGAGGAUGAGAUGCAACGAAUAUUGACUAAUUUUAGCCACGCCCUUCGAGGACUGUAUCAAAGCCCCGAUAGUCUGGUUGGGGAUAUAAUUGAUGGUUAGAAAUAGAUUACGAGUUUAUACAGAGGUACCUAUCUAAUGUUUCAAUUUCUGCCAAAGUACCUACU